GUCCAUUUGCAAGGAAAAGGUUUUGUCGUGUUGCGCAUGCGUCGAGUGUUAAUUUAUUUAUAUUUCCCGCGCAAUAAAUUUAACGUUGUAAAUAAUAAAGAACUAAUCAAAAAAGUUUGUGAAAAGAUGUUUUAUAUCGAUUAAUUAAAUUUUCGUGUGUGUAUUAUUUCUUUAAAGUACUAGAAACUGAAUGUUUUAAAUUCUUACGUAGAUUCUUUGAGAGAAUCUUCUGUUUAUAACGAUUUGAGUUUUAUUGGAUUCCGAUUCGUGAGAUUAUAAGCUGACAGUUGGUUGGAAAAUUGUACAAAACAUCAUUAAACCGAGAUGUCAUAAGAAAAAAAAAUCAUGCACAGAUAACAAGACAGUGAUGUGGUGACAAGUGUAGUGAUAUUUCAAGAACAGAGAUGGCGCUGUUUCGUGUGACAUUUGCGUGUGCGUUGAGUGUUGUGUUUGUGUGUGUGAGCGGGCACGUGGCCUUGACCUACCCGCCUGCGAGAAAGUAUGAUUUGGACUUUUUGGAUAAUUCCAGAACGAAACCGCCAUGUGGAAUGCCGAAAGGUUCAAUACGGACGUCGUUCUUAGCGGGAUCAACUGUUACAGUCCACUGGCAUUUAGCGUACGCACAUCGAGGAGGGUUUAGUUUAAGGAUUUUGGAUUACUUAGACCGACCGUUGUUAGAUUUGACGCCGAGAGCUGGCGGUUCGGAGUUUGUGCGAGAUGAUCCAACUGCUCAAAAAUAUGAAGUUCAUCUUCCAAGUGACUUCACCUGUGAGAACUGUACGCUACAAUUGCAGAGAGAGGCCGGGGAGUGGGGCACUAACUACAGGUUUUGGUCUUGCUCUGACAUCGAUAUUGUUACACGCAAAGAUUACCACGAGAACUGUUCAGGCAGGGGUUUCCACAUCCUCGGUCGCUGUAAAUGCCACAAAAUGCACAGCGGGCCGCGCUGUCAGUUUUCUGAUGAAUGUGCCGAAGAUAAUGACUGUGGUUUGAGAGGAAAAUGUAUUGAUACCAACUCUACUGAGUCACCGGGGAGAAUGUGUUACUGUCCCCUUGGGUUCUAUGGGAAGGGCUGCAAUAAAAAGGCCCCCUGGAAAGACAAGAACAUCAACCUAUCUCUGUACAGUAAAAAGCAAUUAUCUCCACAAUUCGGACUAUACUGGCGUAUACUGAAGGAAGAAGCCGAGAUCGAAGUCAUAAUGAUAGUCAACGGGACUUCUUAUACUGCCAUUGGUUGGAGACCUAAAGGAUUGAAGAAAGAAUGCAAAAACUUCCCAGUAAUAGGUCCACCGAGAGAUGCACCAAUUACACCGGCACCAGAACCUUUACCUAAACCGGAACCGAAGACUGAGCCCAAACCGUCCCCAGAACCAAAAUCUGAGCCAGAACCGUCACCAGAACCAAAAUCGGAGCCAGAACCGUCACCAGAACCAAAGUCGGAGCCAGAACCGUCCCCCGAACCAAAAUCUGAGCCAGAACCAUCCCCAGAACCAAAAUCUGAGCUAGAACCGUCACCAGAACCAAAAUCGGAACCAGAACCGUCCCCGGAACCAAAAUCUGAGCCGGAACCCUCUCCUGAAGAUGAUAAUAGAAAUAAGAGAGUUGCGAUGCACAAUUUUGAUGGAUUUGACUUUAAGAAUCUUGGCAAUGACGUCACUGUUAAAACAAGUGUAUCAUACAAAGUAUCAAGUUCAAAAGGUCGAAAGAAACGAGCUGCCCAGGAAAUAGAGAAACAAAUCAAUGAAAACGAAAACUACCCAACCUCACAACCAGUACCGCUACCAAAGUUAAAACCAAAAAAUAAAACUAAGUCCUUCCGACCAAAGUCUAAGCAAUCAAAUAAUUUAAACGUUAGUUCAACUACUCCUAAAGUAUUACCAGUACCUUUAAAAAAAUCAAAUCCAGAACCAGAACCGACCUCCAAACCCACUGCUGAAACUAUCGCGGAAACAGCCUCUGACCCAACAUCUGAGCCUUCUUUUGAACCUAACUCUGAGCCAGAACCGUCUCCUGAACCUAAAUCUGUACCAGAACCAUCCCCUGAACCUAAAUCUGAACCAGAGCCAUCCUCUGAACCUAAAUCUGAAGCUGAACCAACGCUUGAACCUAAAUCUGAACCCGAGCCAACAUCAGAACCUAAAGCAGAACCUGAGCCGUCUCCAGAACCUAAAUCUGAACCGGAACCGUCCCCAGAACCUAAAUCUGAACCGGAACCGUCCCCAGAACCAAAAUCGGAACCGGAACCUUCCCCUGAACCAAAAUCUGAACCUGAACCCUCUCCUGAGCCUAAAUCUGAACCAGAACCCCAUCCUGAACCCAAAUCUGAACCAGAACCACACCCCGAACCCAAAUCUGAACCAGAACCAUACCCUGAGCCUAAAUCUGAACCUGAACCAUCUCCUGAACCAGAAUCAUCACCUGAGCCAGAACCUAAUCCUAAUCCUGAACCUGAGCCAAACGCUGAUACGGAUUCAGAAUAUCUGCUAGUAAAGGGAAUUGACGAAAAAACAGGUUAUUUCCCAUCUCACGAAUAUGUACCUAAGUUCGACUUCAACCCCAUGGACUGUACGGACAUAGUGAUUGGUACUGCGAGGGGAAACUACCACAGAGUGCUAGACUACUAUACUAGAGAUAGAUCAACGCCACGAGUGGACACGUUCUGGGGAGGUCGCGAUGAUAUCACAGCGGCUUCUGGUUUCGAAGAAAAUGGUGUUACCACUAUCAUGUUCAGGAGAAAAAUUAAGGCUAAGGAACCGACAGACCAUUCAUUCGUCGAUGACCUGAUGCACGUGAUAUGGGCGAGGGGGCAGGAAUUUGGCCAUUACGUACAUUCGCCCCCAGCUGGGGUCUCGAAGGGAGAUUUUUACCGCCCCGAUGAGAUUAAAUACCACGGGCACGGCUCCCAGAGGGGGGUCACUACUGUUAACUUUUUUGAUGAAACGAAAACAUCAUCGAACGGUGGAAUCCAAUCUCUAGACAACGAUAAGUGUGGAGGUCAGUGGAAGCUGCCAGCGGACUGUGAUAUCGCGAACAACACUUGUGACUACAUCGCCUCGUGGGAGUACCUCGGCCAGAAGAGGGGGAAAGACUCCAUCAGGUUCACCAUAACUACCAAACAGACUAAAACAUGGACGGGGAUUGGUUUUAGUAACGAUAAGAAGAUGUCGCAAACAGACGCAGUGAUCGGCUGGAUCGAACCCCGGUCCGGCCGCGCCUCGCUUAUCGACACGUGGGUCAGCGGGUACUCCGCCCCCCGGGCCGACGGCAGACAGGACCUCACCGCUGCCAAGGGCGAGCUGGUGGAUGGAAGGGCCGCCCUCAGCUUCGUGAGGAGGAGGGACACCGGCGACCUGAAGGAUUUAGCGUUCACAGACAGUCAGUGCCUGUACAUGAUGUUCGUGACCCACGGGGGCGGGUUCGAUGCCGCCAGCAAGAGGACGAGCAAACACACGGACAUACCGUACGUUACUGAGGACAGAGUGUGUAUCAAGCCGUGUGGCCCUGAACCAACCGAAGAAGAAGAAUGGACCACAGAAAAACCAAUCCCCGGAAGCAAGUCAUACGCAAUUCUAGUGAAGAUCACAGGCCUGGCUGAUAGUUUCAGACCGCCUGCUGAAGGGACCAGUGACUAUAAAGAUUUGGCUACAAAAGUGGCAGAAAGCCUGGCUAAUGAGCUGAGCAAGACUAAGGGCUACCGGGGACUCGUUGUCAAUGGGUUUAUGCAAAACGAAACAAAAUCAAUCAUCGCUGAUUUAACUCUAAAAUCUAUCGACUCAAACUACAUCGAAAGUGGUAGAUCACUAGACAAAGACCCUGACGCUACUAAUACAACUCAAGAAGACGAUAAGGAAAAAUGGGAAAGAGCUAUAAGAGACACACUGGUUGUUGGACAAGUUGGAAACCUCAAAGUUGAUCCUGAUUUCCUGUUCAUCGAACCUGUGGACGCGCUAGUCCGGUCCCCGGACUCGGAGCGGCCAGUGGGCACGUCGUUCGCCUCGGGCCGGCUGUGGCUGGUGGGCGCCUGCCUCGCCGCGCUCGUGGCGCUCGCUCUGCUGCAGGCGCUCUGCACGCUGGCGCGCGCCAAGCGGGAGGACCCAUUGAUACCCAAUGCAGCAUGGAAGGACUAUGCAACAGCGAACACAAACUACGCCUUUGAACCGUUCGAAAAUGAUAACAAAUAUAACAGUACUUCAACUAGAUCACCUUCGAGACCGACCAGCCCCCCUCCCCCCAGACCAGGCAACGCUCAUAAAAUGACACCAAAAGCACAAAAAAUGGCUACAAAUGGACACGGUAACAACCGACAUGACAUGCCGACUAACAGACAUGACAUGAGCAAUAGCCGACAUGACUUGUCGAGUAGUCGACAUGACAUAUCGAACGGCCGUUAUGAUUUAGGUAACGGCCGACAUGACAUGGCCAAUAGCCGACAUGACAUGGUCGGUAAUGGUCAUAAAAUGCCCACAAAUGGGCACCAUAUUCCGCCGAAUGGAUACUCUACGGGCGGCAGGAGUCGAACCCCGAACGGUUCGAAGAAAUUCCCCAACAGCGCAGCGCAGUUCUAUCACGACACGAGGUCACUGCAGAGGCCGAGGUCGCAGUAUAGCCCCCCCGGCCCCCCCGGCGGCCCCCCCGGCGCGCUGUCGCUGCCCCGCGGCGCGCAGCCCGACUUCUACUUCAUGCCGUCGCAGCGCAAGCACGAAGGUGAGCGCGUGUCCGUCUACGUGUACAACCCGCACCCUCCAUGCCACACACCCACCUAACCACACCAACCCC